UUAGAUUUGUUUCCAAUUACUAUUUUGGUUAAGCCCGUCAUAUUAAAUAAAUAUUCAUUAAGAAAUGUUGGUUUCUAUGUGUUAUAGGAUUCCAUAUAAAGUGUUGCCUCCACGUGGCUAUAGUGUUAUGUCUUAUGCAGGAGCUAACCAAUUGUUACUAAAAGGGGUUAAAGCCCCCCCAUCAACAAACCAUUUUACUUUUCAAUCCCGCAGAUAUAAACAUAACUCAUUCCGUGAUCUACGGGUAGUAUGGAGAAAUGUAUUUGGAAAAUAUUUGCUUAUUACUAAUGUUGUUGGUUCCGGAGUACUGAUGGUUGUUGGUGAUAUAGCGGCACAGGAAAUCGAAUAUCGAAAAGGGGAAAAGCCUGAACGUUUUGAUCUAAAGAGAAUGGGACGAAUGUUUAUUGUAGGAGCUCUGCAGGGACCUAUGCACCAUUAUGUUUACGCUUGGAUGGACAAGAUAAUGCCGGUAGCUAAUUUGAAAAACAUUGUGAAAAAGAUUCUUAUAGACCAGCUCUUCAUGUCACCAGCAUGUAUAUUUAUUUUUUUCUAUUCUGCGUGUUAUUUGGAAAGAAAAACGUGGAAAGAGACAAAUGAUGAAUUACGCCAAAAGUUUCUUUUCAUCUACUGCAUGGAUUGGCUGUUGUGGCCAGGUGCGCAGUACGUGAAUUUUCGCUACUUGGAUACGAAAUAUCGGGUGUCAUUUGUAAAUAUUUGCACUGCUCUUUAUAAUAUCUUCAUGUCCUACGUAAAACAUGAUUAUUAAGAUUUGCCAUUAAAACUAACAACAUUAGACUCUACCAAAAUAUCGCUAUGUUACAGUUUAGCACAGCCCUUGCAUAGGCCGAUGUUUUGUCAGGAACGAUGGAUGUUUUCCAAGUACAAAUGCAGAAUUAUAUGUUCAGUGAUAUAUAGCGUCAAAAAACAAAUUAGUCAAAUAAACUAUACGAAAAUAGCAAAUUCACAAUCGAGUUUCAGACGAGUUUCUCUCACGUUUGUGGUGUUUUCAUAUUAUCCUUGGUAUGUAUUUAAUAUGAAUAUUUCUUAAAAGAUCAGAAAAUAAAAUGUAAAAUAUGUUGUGUGUAUAUUUAUGCAAAACAUUAAAAUUGCUUAACUUCCACGUCAAAUAAAAAAUGCAUCAACCGCAAACGUUCCUGGCUAAUGAAACCGGCUAUUAAUGAAGUCAAAUUUUCAUUAGAUCGUGAUAUUUGCUGCUUUAAAAUUAAUCGAAAAUCAUCACGCACGCCUUUAUCAGAUCCUCGAGUACGACGGGAUGCCGAAUGCACGGCACUGGAUGUACUAAAGUCGAAAUUAAAUUCCUCGGUGCUGGUAUUCCAUAUCGACAUGAACUCCUCGAUGAAAUCAAUGGUUAUAAUAAAUGUGGAAAAGUUGCGAAAGGUAAAGUUCCUCCUAUUUCGUAUAAUCGUAAAUACGCGUUCAGCUAUUUCCUUUUCUCUCGGAUAUUCUAAUUGCGAUAGAAUAAGCAGGUCGCCCAAGAUUUCAUCUGAACAAUUUGGUUCAUACAUUUUUCG